UGAAUGUCAGAUUCGUUUAAAACACACCAAAAUACACUGGAAAAACAUAUUGGUCAACCCCUUGGGACUCAUGCUCUAAAGUAAAAAUUUACCAAUAAUAAAACAACUGAUACGACAUUACACAGAACUUAAUAAAACCUGACCUAACCAACCAAAGACACCUACCUAACUUCCUAACCGGGGGCGACUGUACCCCGCCAUAUUAGGCAGAAAAUGCUUACAGUACAGUACUUUGAUAUCUGGUACCAAUGAAAACAAAUUUCUUGAAGCAGCAUGAUGUAAUUUAAAAUUUUUGUGGCUUCACCUAACCAGUAGGUUGCAGCCACAACUUCACUUCAUGAUAUUCCAGCAAUUUAUAACAAACGGUAAAUAUUCAGGUAAAUUUUAACUCAUUGUGUGGCCUUAUUCUACAAAUGUCAUACAAUAGUCUAAAACUUUGGACGGUUAAUAUUCGUUCAUUGGCUGUCUGCAGGUUUCCAGUUUUCAUUAUUACAGACACAAAGACUAUAAAAAACAAACAUACGACUUCAUAUCAAUUCUGGUGCAAAUCAAUGUUAACGGAAUAUCUCACAAAUUUCUAGGUGUAAAUUUCUGUACCUGCCAUGUUGCCAGAGUCACUUUUCUCGUCCUCUCCUCCUCCUCUUUGCGACAUAACAACCAGUGAUCUUCAAGUAUCGUGUCAUGUGACUUGGCUGGCCAAUCACUUUGAAGCAGCCAUUUUGAAGGCUCGUGAUGGCAUGCAAAAAGUGCUCUCUACCUUAUCUAGCUGUUAUUCAGCGAGUUUAUCAGAACAAUAGUGAAGCAAUCCAAAUAUUACAUGAUCACGGUGUCCUACCAACAGCAAGACUGUGUCCUAUAUGUGGAAAUUUUUUAAUUUUAAGAAAAGACAAAAUUUCUUUUGUCUGUAACCAUAAGCAUUCCAGAUCGCCCAGCUGUUUCUUCCACCACAGUAGCAGGUAAGCUCCAAAAAAUUGUUAGGUAAGGUUAGUUUAGGUGUUUUUUUUUGUGUGUGUGUGUGUGUUUUAUGGUGUGUUUUACUCGAACCUGACUGCCAUUUUGGUGCAAAUUAGCAGUUUCUGUUACAAAUAAAAAUUUUAAGAUUUUUCAAGAACCACAAAUUUGCUGCAGAAAUGGAGGUCAGAUUUGAGUAAAACACCAUAAUACACAAAAAAAAGCCUAUUUUUGUAUCAAAACCUGAGGACAGUCAAAGGACGAAUAUUUACGCUUUGAAUUUUCCAGGUUACAUUUUUGAUGCUGUGUAAUAAUAAUGAGCAGGCAGUCAGUCAUGUCUCUGUUAUGUACUGUUGGCAAGUAUACUGGUUCCAGAAUGUAUUGGUACCUGCAUUGGUACCUGCACCAGUGUUGGUCAAGUUUGGUUUUGAGUGAGCUCACAUUCGGUGCUGUCACAACAGUUUCUUGCAGAUUGAUCAAGAGUUCACAACUCUCACUCCAGAAAAGUUUGUCCUGACAAGUUUUUGAACUUGUGGCGUCUUCAACCUAAGUUGUGGCCUCUAAUGGGGCAGGUAUCUGCCAGUUCCAGAUAUGAACUUCUAUUAGUCACCCCUUGCUCACCAAUAGUAUAAGGGAUAGACCACUGAGUGAUGCCAAACUUCCUCCCUUCUUGCUGAGAUGUGCCAGUUCAGUGAUGGCUUAUUUUCAUUCACAAUAAGACUGUACCCAAUUUGGUGCAGUGCUGAAGACAUCAAGAGGUAAUCCUAAAUAAAGAUAUCUUCCAGAAUCUACCAGUGUACCCUGAAGAGCCACACUGCUGUCUGGGCAGGUUUGUAAAUAGAAAUUUACCUGUGUUUAGUUAUGAUAACUUUUUUACCUGAAGAAUAACCCAGAUGCUUGUAUACAUAAAUGAGAAAGAUUUGUGUAUUCAGAGUUUGGUCAUGACUGUACAGAAUGUCUCGACUUAAGGAUAAAGUAAAAGUGCACAUUGUUGAUAAAACUUUCAUGUGCAUAGAGUGUGGUAAAUUUUUUUCUAGUAACCGGUAUUUGCAAAUUCAUAUGGUUGAGCACACUGGUGAGAAAAGUUUUACUUGUGAACAGUGUAAUAAAAGUUUCUACAGGAAGCUGAAUCUGAAGCAGCAUAUGGUUGUGCAUGCUAGUGAGAAGAAAUUUAAAUGUGAAGAAUGUGACAAAAGUUUCUACAGAAAGGUUAAUUUGAACCAGCAUAUAGCUGUGCAUGCUGGUGAAAAGAAGUUUAAUUGUGAAGAGUGUGAUAAAAGUUAUUACACAAAGAGUCACCUCAAGAGGCAUUUGACUGUACAUACUGGUGAAAAGAAAUUUAAAUGUGGAGUAUGUGGUAAGAGUUAUUACACAAAGAGUCAUUUGCAGCAGCACAUGGCUGUACACAUUGGGGAAAAAAAAUUUAAGUGUGAAGAGUGCGGUGAUAGUUACUACAGAAAGAGCAAUCUGCAGCAGCAUAUGGCUAUUCACACAGGGGAAAGAAAAUUUAAAUGUGAAGAGUGUCAUAAAAGUUUUUACAAAAAGGAUAAUCUUAAGCAGCAUAUGGCUGUGCACAGUGGUGAGAAAAAUUUUACAUGUGAUGAAUGUGGUAAAAAAUUUCACACGAAGGGUCACUGGAACCGGCAUAUGGAUAUCCACACUGGUCAGAAAAAUUAUAAAUGUGCAGAUUGUGGUAGACGUUUUAACAGAAAUAGUCAUCUGAAGGAGCAUAUCGUUGUGCACUCUGGUGAGAAAAAUUUUAAGUGUGAAGAGUGUGAUAAAAGUUAUUACAGAAAGAAUGAUCUAAAAAGACAUAUGGUUGUGCACAGCAGGAUAAAUGGGAUUGUACCCAACCCCCAACCUGUACUUGACCAGUUUGAGGUAAAAAAGGCAUGAAUCAAAACUCUUAAAAUUUAGGGAGACUAAAUUUAUACUAAAAAUAUCAUUUAUUAAAGAGGCAGUCCUCUGGUUAUGAACGAGUUCCGUUCCUGGGGACCUUCUUAAGUCGAAAAUGUACGCAAGUCGAAACAUAUGCUAUGUACACUCGCACCAAAAAGUAUCAGUGCAGGGUGUGAUCGACGACUUCCGAAACGAUACGUAUACACUGUGAUAUGUCGGGAAGGUUGGUAAGUGUA